UGGCGGCGCAUGCGUAAUACCACAUACUGACAGCCAGCAGAAAAAACAGCAAAGUUAGCCAACUGUUAGCUAAAGAAAGCAGUCAUUAACACACAAAGCAUACGUUGAAAUGUUUCGAAGAAAACUGACAGCGAUAGAUUAUCACAAUCCCAAUGGAUUUGACUGCACAGACGAGACACAGUUUAGGAACUGCAUCGUGUGGCUGGAGGACCAGAAGAUUCGACAUUAUAAGAUCGAGGACAGAGGAAACUUGAGGAACAUCCCUAGCUCAGACUGGCCCCAAGCCUACCAGAAGUACCUGCAGGACGUGAACUGUCCAUUUGGAGUUCAGGAGAGGCAGGAGGCUUUAGACUGGUUACUGGGCCUGGCUGUACGAUAUGAAUAUGGAGACAAUGUGGACAAGUACAAGAACUGUGAGCCGCUGGCCGCCUCCAGCAACAGUGACAAAGCAGUGGACCCUCUCGUCAACCUUGACAGCGAUUCUCCAGAUUUCAAAGCAGGAGUGACAGCUCUGUCCAACAUCCUCAAGAUACAACGACACGAUGACUACCUGGUUAUGCUCAAGGCCAUUCGGAUUCUGAUCCAGGAGAGACUUUCUCCAGAAGCCAUCACUAAAGCCAGCCAGAAUAGAGAGGGUGUUCCAGUAGCUUUAGACAAGCACAUCUUGGGUUUCGACACUGGAGAUGCGACUCUGAACGAAGCGGCCCAGAUCCUGCGCCUGCUGCACAUCGAGGACCUGAGGGAGCUCCAGACCAAGAUCAACGAGGCCAUCGUAGCCGUUCAAGCCAUCAUAGCCGACCCCAAGACAGACCACAGGCUGGGCAAGGUCGGCAGGUGAGAGUGAGGAUGAAGAGGGACGCUGGAGGAAGGAAGGGAGGGACUGAACCACAGGAGUUUUAAUUUGAUUUUGAGAGGAAAAGCCUUCGUUUGAGGUGGACAUAAAGGGUUUGUAUUUUUUCCGUUGCUGCGUGAGAUCAGACUGUUCGAAUUGGGAUUUUGGAGCGAAGUUGAGCAAAUGCCAAGUUUUCAGAUGCUGUCUUUCAUUUUUGUAUGGCAGCAUGGUUAAGUUGAUGCCAAAACAUGUUGCAGUAAUUGCUGAAUAGUUAGUAUAGAAAUACUAAUUUCCACUAACAUGUUAAGUCAUUCAUCUCUUCAGAGACUGAGGUUGAACCUUCUGAUCAUCUCCUGCCACAAUCUCUCCCUCAGUGAAGCUUCUGAAAUAUUCAAACUGACAGCUAUAUUUGUAUCUUUAGUUUCCAGAAAAAACUUUUUUUUUGUAGAUGGAAGAAAAGCUUAUUUUGAAAUGAUUUACAUUGACGCUGUGUGGGAAAAUAUAUAAAUACAGCUGAA